GUAGAGAGAGAAGAAGAAGACGAGGACAACGACGACGAAGUCAAGAGAGAGAGAGAAACAAUGGCGGAGGAGACGAUGGAGAACGAAGGGAGGGUGAAGCUGUUCGUCGGACAAGUUCCGAAGUAUAUGACGGAGAUUCAGCUCCUCACAUUGUUUCGGGAAUUCUCCAUCGUCGAUGAAGUCAACAUCAUUAAGGAGAAGGCUACAGGAGUUCCCCGAGGAUGUUGUUUUCUGACAUGUCCUUCAAGGGAAGAAGCUGACAAGGUGAUCAAUGGUUUUCAUAACAAGAAGACAUUGCCUGGGGCAUCUAGUCCGUUGCAAGUUAAGUAUGCAGAUGGCGAGCUGGAAAGACUAGAGCACAAACUUUUCGUCGGUAUGCUUCCAAAGAAUGUCUCUGAGGCUGAAGUCCAAUCCUUAUUCUCCGAAUACGGAACCAUUAAGGAUCUACAGAUUCUAAGAGGGUCUCUACAAACUAGCAAGGGCUGUCUGUUUCUAAAGUAUGAGUCUAAAGAACAAGCGGUGACAGCUAUGGAAGCCCUCAACGGAAGACAUAUAAUGGAGGGAGCAAAUGUUCCUUUGAUUGUCAAAUGGGCAGACACAGAAAGGGAAAGACAAGCCCGAAGACUUCAAAAAGUUCAAUCUCAUGUCUCCAAAAACCCCUCCAUGUUUGGAGCAUUACCUAUGAGUUAUGUUCCUCCCUAUAAUGGAUAUGGCUAUCAUGUACCUGGAACCUAUGGGUACAUGCUACCACCUAUCCAGACUCAACCUGCAUUUCACAAUGUGAUUUCACCGCACCAAAGUAACGGAAGAGCAUUGCAGGGAACUGCUUUGACCGAGUCUGUCCCACCACGUUUGGCCGCCCGUAGAAACUUCCCAACGGCUCUUGGAAAUUACGGUUACCAUGGCCUUCAAUAUCCUAUGGCAUUUCCUAGAGGGAUGGUACCUCCUCGCCUUCCUUUAACCACAGUUUCACCUGGAAUUUCUAACAACGGCACAUCGAUACCUUCCUCGCUUCAAACGGAAGGACCAGCAGGUGCGAAUCUAUUUAUUUAUAAUAUACCACGGGAAUUCGGGGAUCAAGAACUCGCAGCUGCGUUUCAACCUUUUGGUAAAGUUCUAAGCGCCAAGGUGUUUGUAGACAAGGCCACUGGUAUAAGCAAAUGUUUCGGAUUCAUUAGUUAUGACUCGCAAGCAGCUGCUCAGAACGCUAUUAAUACAAUGAACGGUUGCCAAUUAAGCGUUCGCGGGCAGAGCGGGGCGGUUAACGGCAAAUCCGGUUUAGACAUUAAGAUGGAUCUUGAUGGAACUGGAGAACAAAAAUUGUUGGCCGUUAUUAACUAACAUUUGCCAAUUUGAAAAAAGCCCAAGUCUGAUCAUGUGGGUCAGAAAUUCUCAAUCACUCAGAAAAGCUGUAUCUUCCUGCAAAAGGGAUUCUCCUCCACUCACUCUUCUUCUAUUUUUCUUUUCUAAAAUUUGCGUCACUACAAUUUGUAGUUUAUGUUGUCUGUCAUUGAUAAGUUCAUGUAUAAAUGUUAUGAUUAUUA